AUGGAAACCCAACUUGACUACAAAACCAAAAGAGCAAACCCCACUUCCCCAACGAGCUUGAAGCUCUUUGGGUUCAGCGUCCAUGAAGACAUCACCAUGGAAGAAGAAGACGAGGUGGUCAUGCAUGAUGACGUGGAAGACUCAACCACCAAGGCCUCUUCCACUUCGCCAUCUGCCUCUCCAGACUCUGCCGGUGCCGGUGCCGGACCUCCGUCUUCCGGCGACCGGAAAUACGAGUGCCAAUACUGCUGCCGAGAGUUCGCUAAUUCACAAGCACUUGGUGGGCACCAGAACGCGCACAAGAAAGAGCGUCAGCAACUGAAGCGUGCGCAGUUACAAGCCACGCGAAACGCCGCCGUUUCGUUCGUGCGAAACCCUAUGAUCUCCGCCUUCGCCCCUCCGCCGCACCUGCUGGCUCCGCCGGGCUCCAUGGUGGUACCGGCGGCUCCGGCCUCGUGGGUGUACUUGCCGCCACGUGCCGCGCCUCCUCCCUUCCACGUAUCAGUAUCUCACGGUUGUGCGUUCCCGUCGGCGAAUGGCCACAACGGGUUGAGUAGUAACAAUAAUAGCAACGUUAGCAUAGCGGGUGUGAAAACCGCGGGUGCAGGGAUGUUUCCCUAUGUUGGCGUUGUAGGCGAUUCGCAAUUAGCUAUGUCAACGGUGCAGGUGCAGGCCCGGGCCCACCACGCCAUGGUUGAUGGGGCCUCUUUGAGUAGGUUCUCCAAAGGGGAUGGUGGGCCCAAGUUUGAUGAUGCAUGGGGCUUGGACUUGCACCUUAGCCUUGCGCCAGCUGCGCCGUAA